AUGGGGCGAAGGUUGUCGCAUGUUGAGCGGCUCCCACGUGAACUGCUGCUGGGUGUGUUCAUUGAUGUAAUCCGAAACGACAACGAUAACUUCGGCUGGAUCGUCGUCCUAUCGUCUGUGUGCCGCAGUUGGUGUCGACUCUGCCAGCACCCGGUGCUAUGGGAAUAUGUUGCAAAGCACAUUUGUGUUGUCUACCCGCUGGUGGUUCGGCUGCACGGUAUGGCGCCUUACGGCGUGGAGAGUCAGGCGGUUGUGAAUCGGCUGCGCUUCCUUGAGGCGGAGGAACAGUGCGCUGUGCAGUACGGCCCACUCCACCCCCUCCCUGCCCCGUCACGGGCGGCGCUGCGCAAGACAAUGGAGAAGGUGCGGCGUUACCGUGAGAGUCAGCAGUACUACAAAUAUGUGCAGCGACGGCGCCGUGUUGUGUUGCAUUUCUUCUUGUCGAUCACCUUGUUUUCCGUGGCGCUUGCCAUCACCACAGCGAUGUGCGUGUCAGAGGGGUUUGACAUGGGGGGUCUCUGCACCACUACCAUCGUCUUUGGGAUGCUCUGGAUGGCGUACCUUUGUAUUAUCGCCAUCAUCGUGUCGAACGUCGUGAUGCAGGCCCACUUCGAACCUCUACCGCUGUUGCUUCGAUUGCGGCGCAACAAACUACUGAUUGCUGCUUCCGCCGUGACGAUCAUGCUGGGCAUCUGCGACGUCGUCAUUCCUACGCUACUAAUUCAGAUCAACCUGUCGCGCAAGGAGCGCUUCUCCUGGAUCUGGUGCGGCAUCACCGUCAUCCUGUCCUUCUGUCUCUGGCAGCUGUACACGUUAGUGUGCAUCAUGCCAGCAGCGAGGCAGCAGCUGCGAUACCAAAUGACGAACGUGAAUGUGAGAGAGGGCUUUCAGUUUAUGGUGCUCAACAUCCCCAACGGCUUCCCAUUCCUGUUCGCCGCGGCCUCUUUCUGCACCCUGCAGUACGUGCAGUACGGCUACCGCAUCUACAUUCUGCUUGGCGGGGUGCCAGUGAUUGUCAGCCUCGGCGUCCUGACGCUGGUCUUCCUGCUCGACUUCUACUCCUUACAUCGCUUCAGCGACUUGGCGAUGGGCACAUGUCUCUUUCUCGCAAUGCUCUCCCCCAUUUCGCUGCUCGUGGGGGAGUUUCGCGGGCUGAGUUUGCUGCCACUUGCCGUGGCGGCCUUUGGCGUCUUCUUGACUCACGCCCGCUACGUUGUUGGCUCUACCAUUCACGAACUGAUGCGCACCAUUCGUGCCGAACGAUGCGGCUGCCUCCAUCGCACCUCUGACACAGCCAAGAAGAGCUAG